UCUGGUUCUCGUGCUGCACGUCGAUCAGCUUCACCAAGAGAUCCAAUGCAGACAGCUCGCUCUGCGCCCCCCACCAGCUCCUGCUCAAGGAGGAGGAUUGAUGCUUGGAGGAAUUGGUGCCACCAUUGCAGAUGGCAUGACAUUUGGUGCUGGAAGUGCUAUUGCACGCAGAGCUGUUGAUGCUGUUCUCGGCUGUCCUACUGUUCAACAUGAGAAGGCUGCCUCUCCAGCUGAUUCAGUGAGUGGCCCUACUUCUAAGGGUUCUGAUGCUUGCACUACUCACGUUAAAGCCUUCCAAGAUUGCAUCAACAACUAUGAGAGUGAUAUUAGCAAAUGCCAGUUCUACAUGGACAUGCUGAAUGAGUGUCGACGGUGUUCUGGAGCUGUUAUGUAGACGAUGGCUAUUCUACUACUCUGAUCCUAUGUCAAGUAAGGUAGUUUUGUGACUUGGUUAUGCUUGAAGCUACUGGUUGAUAGAUUACUUUAUAGUAC